AUGGAUUCCAGGUAAAAAUCAAUAAUGAACAGUUUUAAAGAUAAGAAUAAUUUCUAUACAAUCAAUGGGGUGCACCUAACAACGAUAAAUUCCACCAAUCAGAAAACAACUGUCUUUGGAAUCAUAGCGGACGGAGACAAGCCCCCUUUUUAACGAGCAGGAUGAUUUCAAAUCUCCACUUCCCAUACACCCACUAACAUCUAUAUUGUCGGUUUGAUACCUUUAACUGCCUCGUGAUGUACUUCUGCAAAUUGCUCUGCAUUCCCAGCACACCAGCAAGAAUUUGUCGAAAACUGGCCAAAUUUCCAGCCUGGCGAACAGUGGCAACACAAAGAACUUAUAGCGCGCAACAAAACAUGGAUGCAGAAGCAGCGAAGCAAACAGAACAUGAAGAUGUGUAUGACCUUGGUCGUCAAAGAAAUAAAUUGGAGGGGAUGGUAAAUGACGAGAGCAUCACAGUUUUGCGCGAGUACCAAGACGGAACAACCACAUACAGGGAGUACAAACGAUUAGCAUCCAAGUUCAACAUAGAUUUGCCAGAACCACCGCUCGAACAAAGUAUGGACAGUAAGCAGAAAGCCGAAUUUUUUUUCAAACAAAUUGAUAAGGUCGAAAAAUCCAUAAUUGAGAACAAACCCAAGAACAUGAUAGAUCUGUAUUCUACUGCAACAGCGGUCGAAAAAUUACGUAAAAAUAUCUUAGAAGUGUCAACUGGUGUUAAAUCAGUAAAACAAUCAGCCGAAAAUCUAGAAAUAGAUAUUAAUGACGAGCUGAAACAACUGGAGAACUAUUAUUUAUACGAUUUUGACACUGGAUGCAUAGACGAAAUAAAAAAGAAACUGUGUAAAGUCACACAGUCACAGGCCGCCAGACGCAGUGAAGUAGACCAGAAUCGAAUUAUCACGGAUGAAUAUUGGGCUGUUUCCUUGGUGCGACUGCCUGACACAUGCAAUAAUCAACACGCUUUCAUCGUUCUGGAAGGAAAAAUAGGUAACAAGUCGAUUAUAUGGUUCGCUGACUUUGUCGCAAAUAACAUGGAUUUAUCUCCUGAUGGAAUGAGAGACGGCAAAGUGAGAAUAUAUAAAUAUAAGUCGGAAGGAGCGGUUGGUUCAUCUGGAAAGCUGUUGUUUCGAUGUCCUCGAAGGAUGCUGAGAAUUCGGAAACGCACUCGUUUGAUACAUCAAACAUGGCACAUUCCCCAACCUACUGCUGAAAAGCUGAUGCAGAAAAUCAAAGCGCAGCAAAAGAACCCUCCUCAAUAUAAUCCAUUGGGCAAAAGUGCGUUGGCGGCGAGUUUGGGGACUUCGAGUGGCCAUAACUGUUUCACGUUUGCAAGAGAGAUGCUUCUCGACGUAGACGACGAAUAUAUAAAAAUACCACAAGACAAUUUGGAUAAAUGGAUAGGUUCAUUACCAAGUCGAUUUCUUGUCAAUGGACGGAAAUGGACGAGGCUGUUUACAUUCAUAGCUGCAGCUGGUGCAGUAAUGGCUUAUUCUUUCCUAAAGCUUUGAACUCUCUAGUGCAUGUAUUAAUAAAUUAAACGUGUUAGAGACAGUGCCUCCUCUCUAAGCCAGGGAUGCAUCCCUGGAAUAUUAACAAAAGACUGCUGUAAUAUAAAUGUAUUGAUAUUGUGCGUGAGAGAUAUAGAAAGUUCAACCUUUCAAUUCAUAGACAUAGAC